UGCUCUAUAGGGUACAGAAGGGUUAAACAGCCCAGAGCAGCACAGACUGAACCUGGAUGAAGCCUGUUGUUUUACAGCAGAUUUCCCCCAAUCCUGUGUAAGUCUGUAUCUACAUAUCUUGGCUUGUAAUCAGCUGGAUACUGGACUAGAUCAUUGCGGUGCUUGUUUGCUUCCCUAAGGAGUGUUUGCAGAGAAUCUGAGGAUGUUCUGAUGCCAGAGCUAAUGGCUUCCCACUGAGGAGGUGCCAGAAGCUGAGUUGUUUUUAGUGGAGCUGUGGAAACUUGUGCAGACCAUGAACUUGAUUGGGAGCUACCACCACCACCAUAUGAUGCCAGAUCCCUUCAUCUUCUCGCCUGGAUCCAGGUGCCACCAGGAGAGACCUUACUUCCAAGGAUGGGUGCUCAACCCUGGGGAGGUGUCACCUGAUUUCCCUGCACAGCCCCCCUACAGUCCAGAGUAUGGCGCAGUGGUGGGACCUUCACAGACCCCCGGCCGCAUGGAGAACCUGGGGGGAAAGUUGGGGAGGAGGAAAGGAGCCCCCCCCAAGAAAGAGAGGAGAAGGACAGAGAGUAUCAAUAGUGCCUUUGCUGAGCUGAGAGAGUGCAUCCCCAACGUGCCAGCUGAUACCAAACUCUCCAAAAUAAAGACCCUCAGGCUGGCCACCAGCUACAUUGGCUAUUUGAUGGAUGUGUUGGCUAAGGACAGUGAGCCAGGGGGCACCGAGGCCUUCAAAGCUGAGCUUAAAAAGGUGGAUGGCAAGAGGAGAAGGGAACCGCAACCAACUGAAGGGUAUUGGGGUGUGGCACCUACAGGAGAGAAGAAAUUAAAAGGACGGACUGGGUGGCCCCAGCAGGUAUGGGCCCUGGAACUAAACCCCUGAUUGUUCUAUAUGCCCUUGGGUAACCGAAAUGCACUGCUUUGUCCUGCCAAUGAGAAAUCUACUCACUGAACACUCUCCAGGCUGGGGGAAGACAUUCAUCUGUAAUUAUGUGCAAUGAUAUUUCUUUUUAUCUGCAAUAAGAAGACCUAGAGGUAUUUUAUAUAGCCAAAGAAUGGAAGACUGGCAUGUUUCUGCAAGACUGAGAAAUAGAACUGAUUUGGAUCUACACUACAAU